CGGUGCCAGUUAUACAUGUAGUCAUUGUGUUUAUUGACUGAAUUUUAGGAGCUUGUUAAAGUACAGUCAUGGAUGGUAAGAUAAACGUUACCUUCAUAACUCUGUCUGGGUAUGUAGAUCUGAGCAAAUACAGAUACUUUUACUUUUCUGUUAUAUUUACAAUGUACAUUUUAAUAGUCUGCAGUAAUGCUACAAUUUUGUAUCUUAUCUGGAUUCACAAAAACCUCCAUGAGCCAAUGUACAUUUUUAUUGCAGGUUUAUUGUUUAACUGUCUUCUUUACAGCACCAGUAUUUACCCAAAGCUUUUGGUUGACUUUUUAUCUGAAAAACCCAUCAUAUCAUAUUCAGCUUGCCUUUUACAGUUUUUCAUCUUUUAUUCUGUGGGUGGUUCAGAAUUUUUACUCUUAGCAGCCAUGGCCUUUGACAGAUAUGUGGCAGUAUGUAAACCACUGAAGUACCGAAAUAUCAUGACAAAAAAUAAUGUUAAUAUUUUCCUACUAGUAGCUUGGGUUUUCCCUGCUUGUCAUCUUGCUGUGCUGGCGAUACUGAGUGCUAAAGCUAAAAUAUGCAAUUUUCAUUUGGAAGGAAUAUUUUGUAACAAUACAAUGUACACACUUCACUGUGUGAGAUCGAGAGCACUUACAAUUUUUGGGGUCAUUGCUUUAUUAAAUACGGCAAUUCUUCCUACGCUCUUCACAGCUUUUACAUAUACAAAAAUAUUUAUAACAUCUUAUCGAAGUUGUAAAGAAUUCAGGAAAACAACUGCCCAGACCUGCAUACCCCACCUGUUGGUUUUGACCAGCUACUUCUGUGUGAUGACAUAUGAUGUAAUCAUUGCUAGAGUGGAGUCAGAUUUCCCUAAAACUGCACGUUUUAUUAUGACAAUACAAACAUUUCUGUAUCAUCCUUUGAUUAAUCCCUUCAUGUAUGGGUUUAAGAUGAAAGAAAUUAAUAAACAUCUAAGGAAGUUGCUCUGUUCAGCCAAAGCAUGACUGACUGCAAUUAUUUUGUUAAUUUUCAGAAAUUAUUUUGUUACCCUAAAUAUUAAUUUGAAUGUUCUUAUAAAAAUUCUCACACCACAUUUAUUUUCUCAACAAACUGACUAUAAAUUCAAAAUCAUUUCAA